GCAGUUUUCGUCGCUUCCCGGCUGAAGGAGAUCCACAUUCACGGGGAUCCAAACCCACCUUUUCGUCGUGCUCUGACAUCAGAGGGACCACCCCGGAACCGGGACGAGAAAGUUCGCCGUGAAUGCGGUUCCCGGUGCGCCUUUUAUCUCGCCGCUCCUGUCCUCCUCGCUCGUGUGCUCUGCAUCUACCUCGGCCCCCCAUCUUCGACUACGCUCUGUCUUCCCGAAUCAUAAGGGACCUGCACACCCAGUCAAUCUGCUCUAGUGCUCUUAAAAACCCCCCUCUUGCACCCCGCCGCUUCAAUUCCUGCUCCUCUUCCAAUUCCCUCUACAACCCGACAAGCAAAAUGACCACCAUGAACAAUCUGGCACCCUUCCAGCGCAAACACAAGGUCACUGUGGUUGGCUCAGGAAACUGGGGCACUGCAAUCGCCAAGAUUGUCGCCGAGAACGCCGCCAGCAAUCCGUCCAUCUUCGAGAAGGAUGUGCAGAUGUGGGUGUUCGAAGAAAAGGUUGAGAUCUCUAAAGACUCCCGUCAUUAUAACCCCUCGUCGCCCUUAUGUCAGGGUCCCCAGAACUUGACGGAGGUGAUCAACACGACCCAUGAGAACAUCAAAUACCUGCCGGGCAUUGCCUUGCCCACCAACUUGCAUGCCAACCCUUCCCUUGUGGAUGCGGUUCAGGACAGUACUAUCCUUGUUUUCAACUUGCCCCACCAGUUCAUCAUCAAGACUUGCGAACAGAUCAAGGGCAAGAUUCUGCCGUACGCCCGUGGAAUUUCCUGCAUCAAGGGCGUGGAUGUGCAGGAAGAGGGAAUUAGCCUGUUCUCCGAAACGAUCGGCAAGAUCCUGGGCAUCUACUGUGGUGCACUCUCUGGAGCCAACAUCGCCAGUGAGGUUGCUCAGGAGAAAUGGUCUGAGUCGAGUAUUGCCUACGAUCCUCCUCAUCUAGACUCCAAGGCUCCUACCCCCGAUCGCUCGCCGUCCUCAUCUACUACCGAUGUGGUCCACUUUGAACACCGUGAUGUCUCGGGCCAAUUCUCGCGAGUGAAAUUGCGGGCACUCCCCACCGAGUUUGUCCCCAUUGACCACGAUGUUCUGAAGUCGCUUUUCCACCGCCCGUAUUUCCAUAUUCGAGUGGUUAGUGACGUCGCGGGUGUCUCCCUUGGCGGUGCCCUUAAGAACGUCGUUGCGCUUGCUGCCGGCUGGGUCGAAGGCAUGGGAUGGGGUGACAACGCUAAAGCUGCUGUGAUGCGAGUCGGUUUGCUAGAGAUGGUCCGAUUCGGCGAAAAAUUCUUUGGCGCAACCUUCGAGCCUCGGACCUUCACGGAGGAGAGCGCCGGUGUUGCGGAUCUGAUCACCAGCUGCAGCGGAGGACGGAACUUCCGCUGCGCGAAGCUCAGCGUGGAGAGAAAGCAGCCGAUUGAAAAGAUCGAGGAGACGGUCCUCAACGGUCAAAAGCUGCAAGGCACCUUGACUGCCUUUGAAGUCAACAGUUUCCUUAAGAAGCAAGGCCAGGAAGAAGAAUUCCCCUUGCUCACCGUCGUUUACCGCAUUCUUCAGGGAACCAUGUCGGUCGAAGACAUCCCUUCUUUCAUUGAGCGGUAAAUAGGACCUCAUCACCCCCCGCCUCUUUUGUUUGGGUUGUUAAUUCAGGAAUUUUCUGUCUUUCCUUCUCUAACAGCAAACCGACCUCCACAUCUCACACUUCUUCGACAGGGGGCAAUGGUGGUGGCCCGCGUCAGGCGGUUCUGGGCGCCCGAUUGUAAAUGCUACGGAUUAAUGUCCUGUGAUGUUUUGAUUUCAUCGUGAUGUUCUUUAUCCCCUCUUUUUCGGAGGGUCGUCUUUUGGGGUACAGCGUUAUUUAUACACAUAGACAAACCACCAUAGAAAGGACAAUGGCGCUAUUUACGUCGCUUGAAUUGGAUGAAUGCCAACGAAUCUUUCUC